GCGGGGCGCUUUGGAUCGAUUAGUAAUCCUACGGUUAGGGAAGACGCUGGCGUACACGUGGGGAAACACGGACACCCGGUUUAUGUCGUUUCUCUCUGUCGGCUUUUUGGUGUUUGUCUCGUUCACUGAAAGCGGCUGAAGCUGAAACAUUCGCGCACAGAUAGGCCACCCAGUCUGUGAGCUGUAGAAAUGGCGGACCCGGCGGUGGACAGCGAUGAGGAGAGCAGGAUAAGUGAAGGGGACUAUGUAGUUCUGAAGAGAGCAGACGUCUACAAAUCCGUGCAGAUUGAGAAAAGAAAGAAAGUAAUUUUUGAGAAGCAGUGGCUGUUCAUGGACAACGCCAUUGGGGAGCUGUAUGGCUCCACAUUUGAAGUGGACGGUGGUGGGAAGCUGACUUUGCGAAAACCAAACAACACAGAAGACCCCACAGACACUAAAGGAGCAGGCUUGGAUAACAGACACAUUGUAGAUGAUGGCAAAUCACAGAAACUGACCCGAGAUGACAUUGAAUCACUGAAAGAGCAAGGAUUGAAAGGCCAGGAAAUUAUCCAGCAGCUUAUAGACAACAGUACAACAUUCAGGGAUAAAACUGAAUUUGCUCAGGAGAAAUACAUCAAGAAGAAAAAGAAGAAGUAUGAAAGCAAAAUAACAGUACUGAAGCCUACCUCCCGUAUUCUUGCCAUGAUGUACCAUGGCAGAGAACCCGGAAAAGUAUGUCACUUGCGAUACGACACCUUAGCUCAGAUGCUCACCAUGGGAAACAUCCAUGCAGGCAGUAAGAUCAUUGUGUUUGAGACCUGUGCUGGUCUCGUUCUCGGCUCUGUUAUGGAGAGAAUGGGAGGCCAUGGCUCCGUGAUCCAGUUGUAUCCAGGUGGAGGUCCAGUCAGAGCUGGCAUGGAGAGCUUUGGCUUCCCUUCACACUUUCACAACACACUACAUGAGUUUCCUUUGUGUAAAGUGAAUGCACUGCUGUCAGGAACACUGAACGUCGAUGAGAAAGACAUGGACUCUCAGAGCAACGGCAGAUCGGAUGAGCAGUGUAGCUCCUCUCAGGUAUCCACGGGCGAGGGUGAUGAGAGCAGCUCAGAGCCACAGAAGAUGGAGGUGAGCGCAGACCCAGCCGAGGCCAAAAAGAAAGAGGACAGGGAGAAGUCGCGGGAGCAAAAGAGAGUGAGGAUGGAAGAGAAGAGAAAGAGGCUUGCUGCGGCUGCUGCCCUGCUCGAGGGCCGAAAUGCAGAUGGGUUAGUGAUUGCCAGCCGCUUCCACCCCUGUCCUGUGCUGCUGGGCUUGUUGAAGUUUGUGGCACCAUCUAGACCAUUUGUAGUUUAUUGCCAAUACAGAGAGCCAUUAAUUGAAUGCUAUACAAAGCUCAGGGAGCAAGGUGGAGCAGUCAGUCUAAGACUGACAGAUUCCUGGCUCAGGCAUUACCAGGUGUUACCCAAUAGAACCCAUCCAGUGCUGCUGAUGAGUGGGGGAGGAGGUUAUCUACUCUCUGGAAUCACGGUCAGUGCUGAUGCUGCUGCCACAUCAGGAGCUCAGCAAAAAUCAGGCGAGCCAGCUGCAAAGAGGAUCAAACUAGAUGAGAUUAAGAGCACGAGUGACAGUUCUGCCUAGGCCUUCUGUUCGGUCUAACUUAUUUUAGUAUGAAUAAACCAAAUUAGCCUCUCUCCUUGGAGAAAUCCUAUAUAACUAAGUUGCUUUGCUUUACUGUACAAAGUCUGUUAUUUUAACCUUGUUUCCCCAGAGCCAGUCUUUCACCAAGCAGCACAGGGCUUUUCACAUCAUGCUUUUUUAUUUUGUAUAAGCACAAAGUGCCAAUUAGGAAGCAACUUCCACUUUGUCAUCUAAUGAGUAUCUGAUGAAUUGCAUUAGUGUGAUCAUGGUCAAUAAAAUGCUAUUCGAAUG